AUGAAUCCGGAGAUCGGUAAUUUACGGGACUUCCUGGUAUCUCUUCCGAAACUGGCUAGUUUCAAAUAUAACGACACCUUAUGUUAUUUUCUUUGGAAAACACUCUCAAAAUGCAUAACAAUAGACCACCAGAAUAUCAACUGGAAGGAGGAAAUUCUAAUUUUCGAGACAGAUAACUGGAGAAAUGGGGUAUACGAAAGUGUACGGCUUCCUGAUGACUGGAGAGACGCGUUCUUUGAAGAUACAAAGGGAAAUGAACAUCGAGGUUCCGCCUGCAACAAACAAUGUCACCCUACUGAAACAGUCUACUACUGUUUUGAUUGUACAAAAAAUCCAUUGUACGAGGUAUGUGAGGAGUGCUUUGAUAAAACUAAGCAUGUAAACCACAGAUAUACGUCUCGGGUUGUGACGCGGCCUGAAGGUCGAGUAUGUCAUUGUGGAGAUCCUAGUGGAUUCAACGAUUCUAGAAGUGCAUAUAAAUGCAAGAAUGAGUCCAACAAUCAGCCUAUUAAACUUUCGUACGAUGAUAAUAGGCCGCUGUUAUCGACCUUCUCACAGCUUCUAGAUUAUCUGAUAGAUGCGGUAAUUUAUUUGAAGGAGCUUUACGAUGAACCUUCUAGAACUCUGAUGGCUAAUUCAAAAGGGAUUCUUGAAGCUGCGACACCUGAGUGUGCACUUCAGCUGUAUGAAAGCGACUGCGGACUUCACAUAAAAGAUUUGGCUAAAAAGAUCAGCACAAUAUUGAAUAAGCCAACUGAGUAUGGUGUCAUGAUGGUAUCAAGGUUGCAGAAGGGCUAUUCCUUUGUCAAUUUGGUUGAAUCAUAUGAUGUUGAUAAAUUGAAGGUCAUUCAAGAAACCUUCAAGACUGAAAACAUACCACUGCAUUUGAAAAAGACUAGUGAUAUAUUCAAAGAAUAUCUUAUAGAUGAUCUUGUACUCUGGCUGUACAAAAUCUGCUCGCAUAAUCCAUCCAUGACUAUUAAACUAUCUCUCCGAGUUUCAAUGUGCGACCAGUGGAAUUCAAGACUACUCUCCACAAAGUACACACCAGGCACAUUGAACCCAUUUAUUCUUAAAAUCAGUCUGCUUGGGGGAUUUGUCGUACCCUAUGAACAAAGAGAUACUUUCCCGUGGUGUAAAUCGUGGAAUUUUCCUCAUCAGGGUGAUCAAUGCCACGACCCUAGAAUCACCCAUAUAAUGCAUGCAUACGACAGAAGAAUAGAAGACACAAACGUUGAAAGUCCUGUUGCGAGAUUCAGCCCUUUUCAUGGUUCUAGAUUCCAGUAUCUUCUAACAGAAGGUACUUCACUUUUGCCCAAAUUGUCCAAAUUUCGCCUUCUCAAGGCGCUUUGUUGUAUAUUCACCAUUGGAGACGAUUCACGGAACUGUUUGGCUGCUCAAUAUCUUGAUAUUUAUCCGACGCUACUUUACAAUACAGUAGCUUCUGAUUCACUUGGCUACAAAGUUUCUCUGAUGAGUGUGCUAUCACAGUACAUAUUUCAAAAUCCGCGGAUCGCAAAUAUGAUUAUUCCUUCUGGAUUUAUCGAACGUGUGACUCAAUUUGCAUUCACUUUAAUGUCUUUUUUGCCGGAAGAACUCAUGGAAUGUCCACCAGUUCCGUUAUUCCGUGAUUUUCGACUUCCAGAUGACACAAUCAAAAAUAAGCGAACAGUAAUAUGCUUCAAAGACAUUUACUUAGUGAUGUCUACCAAUACAGUACCCGAAAAGCUUCUUGCAAAUGAUGCUAUAGUUCAGACAAUGGUCAACUGUUUUUCCGCAUUCAAUAAUAUUUUACCGCUAAAGCGUGAAACUACCGAGCACGUUGAAUUUGAGAACUUCGAUUUUUCAUCCUUUUACUUUUUCUUUUCUUCAAUUCUUGUGAUGAUUGACGGAUUCACUCGCAACAUAUGUCUUUUGCAGAACCCAACACUUAGGAAGAGUGUAGUGGGCCGCUUUUUGCGCAUGUCUCUUCUUAAAGAGUUUAAAUUGCUAAAGUCUUUUCGCACAACAAAACUGGAUCCUAGUUAUCCCGGAAACGCAGUUGCUCUAGAUGAUAUUGGCUUACCGGUAGUCAAUGAAAUGGUCUGUAAUAGCAGGUCUCAAAUUAUCAAAUUUCAGGUAGGGAUUGACACACAGAAUUUUUUCAAUCCGAUGUCAUACUUUAUUAAGUUCGUCCUUCAAUGGAGCCAAUGUGGCCGUUAUGAACCUUUGUCCAAGGAACUUACGGAAUGCUUAGAUUUUAGAGAGUUUUUUGACGACACAAAUCAUUUGAAUUGGAUAUCUGAAUCCGCAUUAUCAACUUUGGUGUUGAUAUCACAAAUCGGAGUUGGUUUUUGGGUGAGAAAUGGUUCACCUGUGCAACACCAACUGAGGAUGUACACAAAAUACAGCAUGCGAGAGUUUACAUAUUUCAGUGACAUUUUCAUGAUACAGUUCUCCAUGAGCUUUUGUAACCCAACUGAUUUUAUGGUUACAUAUCUUACGAGAUGGGGCCUAAAAAACUGGUCUGAAGGCAUUCCCAUGGGCGAUUACCCCGACGACAUUAUAACAGCUUCUAUGGUUGAUCAAUGCCUUCUCUUAUUAAUUCAGUUACUGAGUGAGGUGAGAAGCUUGACCAUGAAAUCGUCUAUCGAGGGAUUCGAGAAAACAAUGCAAGUCGAGAUAGUCCAUGCGCUGUGCUUUAAAAACUCAUCUCACACCGACAUUGUCAAUUCCAUCCCCGAGCAUGUGACUAAGCAUCCCGCCUUCGAUCUAUAUCUAGAAUCCCUGACUAACUAUAUCCCCCCCGCAGGACUUACAGAUAGUGGGAUAUAUUCACUCAAAAAAGAGUACUACUCCACAGUUGAUCCUUAUUUUAUAGGAUUUCAACCUAGUAAGCGUUACGAGGCAGAAAAGUUGGUUAGAAAGCAUAUGGCUAAAGAGAAAAAGAUUAACUACGGAGACACAUUUGUUCCCGCGAAAUAUCUUUCGGAUACUUUGAAAAAUACGCCUUACGUGAAUCUAUACCAAAUUUCCAACACUGAGAUUUUUGGAGUCUUUUUAAAAAAUACGCUAGAUCACAUUAAGAAGUUCAAUUAUGAAGUAAUGCUGAGCAAGGCAGUCCAUCUCAUUCAUCUGUGCAUGGUGAACAACACACUAGAAUUUAGCAAAAUAUUCUGGAGAGAGUAUGCCACUGAUGAGACAGAGCUUUAUUAUUAUAACAGCAUAGGGUCAUUACUAUAUUCGUUUUUACUCAGGGAAGAAUUCUCCAACGAGCAUGGAAAGAUCAGAGAAAUCUUUUCAUUUUUACACGAAAACGCCCCUCAUGUGAACAUUGAAGAUUUUCUCAAGGAGCAGACACCAUCAUUUGUACCUGAAAUACUUACAAAUUCUGUUGUUUGCUCCAAAAGAAUUGAUGAAGAAUUCGAAAAGAAAAAAAAAUUGGCUCGAGCAAAACGAGAUAAAGUGAUGAAGAGAAUAGCUAAGCAGCAACAACAAUUCAUUGCCAAUAACCAAACUCCAUUUGACGAGGAAAUUUGCGAUAGAUCAGAAACUCUGCAAAAGGGAACAGCAAUUGGUUGGAGGUAUCCCGAAUGUUCUUGCGUUUUUUGUAAAAUGCAUAGGGAUGAUGACGCUUUUGUCUAUUUCACAUACCUUGAGAGAAAUGCUUGUGAUCAAGUUCUGGAGGUCAACACAAAUGAAGACAUUUCCUACUCUUUUGAGGCAAAGAUCCCAGAAAAGCCACAUAAUGAAUUAUCAGAUGCGUUCACACAAGAAGAAUUAAAUGCUAUCAACAGCUUAGACAUAAAGCGCACCAUACAAAAGCCAGUAUUAAGGACUUGUGGUCAUGGCGCACAUAUCAGCUGCUUGAUGAGCCACAUGAAGUCUGCAAGAACAAUUCAUAACCAUAUCACGAAAAACGUUCCGAUAUCGCUCGGGUUUUCCUUAAUGUUUUGCCCACUGUGUUCCGCACUAACGAAUUCUUUUUUGCCCUGCAUAGUGCAAUUCAACUCUCGCCGAAAAGACGCUCUAUUUCAUUCAGAGCAUUUUACUGAGCCUGAAUCUCCAUCCACGCUCUUGUUAUCAAGCUGCGUGAAAUCAAUUGUAAUAUUGCAAACCUUGCUUGCUGAAGACUCUACAACAUCGACGGGACCUGUUGAUACCCUCUGUCGGUUGUUGACAGAUACUUUAUCCAAUGCAGAAAUUUGUUACAGAUUUUCAGACUCUAGCAAUUCGGGGUCGUUUAUUGCAUACAAAAUCAAUAACCAACAUCUUCUAACACUGCGGCUACUUAGUGAAAUGAAGAGAUUUUUAAUGAGUAAUGAGGCCCAACUCAGUUGUUUGAUGGCAAAACAGUUUUCGUCGUUUAUAACGCCAUUUAACAUCACAGAUUGGAAGGCAUUUACAGAGGAUUAUGUUGACUGCGAUCUCCUUUGUUUGGCUAACUUUUUCAUACAGCCAGCUAAGAACAAUAUUAGGACAAGUGAUAUGCUACAUGAGCUUAUCAAAAAACGUUUACACCAAGAGCUUCUCCUAAUAUCGAAAAAGCUUUUCACAGGCUCCAGGAAGUUUUUUUGCAUUUUGGCGCUUGCUCAAGACCAUGAAGUUGAUUCGAAUGUCGAGGGAGAAGUUUUAGCACUAGCUGAAAUACUGAAUGGCUACUUGCCAUUAUUUACUUUAACCGGGGAAUCAUUGAAUACAACUAAUUUGGCAACCAUACUUUUUCCUGUCUACAAACUGAUUCAGAGGUCAUUAACAGUAUUUUUACGAAGAGUAGCGAUGAUGGUACAUGCUGAUUAUCCGAUCAACUUUCAGGAUGGAACAUAUCUGGGCCAUGAAAGGGAACUGGAUAAUCUACUUGACUUUUGUCACCUGCCAUCGUUCAAGAACAUAUUGGUGCAAUUUCAAUUACAAGAUAUGACUACCGCUCUCGGACUUGCUAGCCGCCAGCUGUCAAAAGAUUCGGGUGCGAGUUUUGCCAAGAAACUUGAGAAUAUAAGCAUUUAUUACGCAGGCGAAAUCUCACUGAUCGAUUUGCCUUAUAAUUUAUCACAUUUUAGCGUUAACGAUGAUGACCACAUCAGAUUUAGGGCAAAUAAAGAAGAGACCGCAAUUUGCUUGUUUUGCGGAACGAAAGUCGAAGUACAAAAUAGCGUUCCAAUUCAUAACUUUUCGAUAGGGGAGUGCACCAAUCACAGUCUUAAUGAAUGCCAAGUCAAUUCAACUUACGGAUGCUUUCUGCUGGUUAGAAGCAACACUGUAUAUUUGGCAUAUGAUCGAAGGGGAACAUUUUAUCGUGCACCUUACCUAAAUAGACACGGCGAAACUGAUGAGGACUACAGAAAUGGUACUCCUGUUUUUCUGAACACAAAACGAUAUUCACACUUGAGUCAUGAUAUUGUGUUCGGAAAUAUGAUUCCUCAUUUAGUUUUCAGAUUAACAGAUACGACAUCUGAUCUGGGAGGUUGGGAGAGCAUGUAG